AUGCGCAUGCUGCAUGCAGUUCUCUUCUGUAAAACUUUUGUCAGAUAACUGCAAAUAAAGUGAUUCCGAAUCAAACACGUUUGAACACCAUUUUCAUACAUUAAAAAAGGAACAGGGAGUUGUGGACACUUACAUAUGCGUGUGGUGAGUGGUUACAGCCUUGGUCUGUCUGCCAUAUGCUAUUGCGGAACUCAUCAGCUGUUGUGCUGGAGACGGAUCUAUUGAAUCUUCAACGACUACAAAAAGACAGGAGGCGUGCAUUUUAGUCAAAUGCGAUGUACCUGUAUGAAUAGUCAUGAUGCAAGUCACUCAUCUGUAUAGCCCCUGCUCCAACUCGGAACCAGAACCGAAGAUCUCUGACGGUGAAGCCAAGGUAGAAUGUACCACGAACUGUGUGGCAGGUCCGUCCAGACUGCCAGAAGACCUAGUAGUACCACUACUAGUUCUGCCAGCGGAGCAACAAAAACUUUUGCAACCUCUGCCAACAAUCCCGGAAGAUAAGUGGAAACCCUACUUUGAGAAAUUUGAUGUCGAAGGGAAGGGUAACAUCAGCAUGGAAGCUUUCCAAGUGAUCCUUUACAAGCAUGGAUUGAAGGAUGAGUUAGAUCCACACAAGCUGGAAGUACUGGAAGCCACUAUUGAGGAUAACACAUGUGGAAGACUAAGCUACCAAGAGUUUGUCAAUAUUAUGAGCGACAAACGAACCCUGAGUUUCUCCAUAGCCAUCCGAACUCACGGGGAGAACUACAGCGCUGAGAGUACCCUUCAGCUGACCACGCCCUCCCCUCCGUACAGGGAACGACUCCUCACAUUCGUAGCAGAUGAGGUCCUGACCAAUGAAGAGGACAGGAGAAACUUCCGCAGUAACUUCCUUUGGUGUCUUCCCCCGCUGGUCAUGCUGUCAAUCAGCUGCGUUGAGCUUGGCUUCUACAUUGGCAUUGGGGUCAACAUGACCCGGUCGGACAUCAACGCCACCCUGGCGGAAUUCUGGACAGGACCCGUCCCCAAAAGCAGCUGGAUCAUCUUCGACCCGGAGAACAAGAUUCAGUUCUGGAGAUUUGCUACAUAUAUUUUUAUACAUGGAGGUUUAGAGCAUCUUCUUUUUAACAUAGCUGUACAAGUGUUACUGGGUGUUGCCCUUGAGAUGGUGCAUGGGUCAAGGCGGAUAGGGAGUCUUUAUCUAUCAGCAGUUGCUGCAGGUUCCAUGGGUUCGUCUAUUCUGGACAGGACUAGUUUUCUUUGUGGUGCUUCAGCAGGCUCAUAUGCACUCUUGACUGCUCACCUUGCCAAUGUUUUGUUGAAUUUUGCUGAGAUGAAGAUAGGAGCCUUGCGAGUCGGUUUCAUUUUAGCCUUAGUGAGUUUAGACUUUGGUCUGGCAGUUUACAGACGCUACUCCGGUUUGAAAACGGCUACCUCCUUCAUAGCCGCACUCAUGGGAAUCGCAAUCGGUUUGACGAUCGGUCUCUUCAUUGUCCGCAACUACGACCAGAGAUUACAUGAAAGGUUGACCCUUUGGGUGAUCACAGUCAUCUACAUCGCCUUUGUUAUGUUUGUUAUAUUCUGGAACAUAUUCUACAAUCCUGCCAAGCCAGUAUAGCAUCCAGUCAUGGCGUCACUAUUUCUGCGGUGAAGCUUCCAAGGUUUGGUUUGUUAAAACAAACUUGUAAUUUAUAAGAGUUUAUCCAGAAGAUUUAGGUGCUGAUCAGUUUGAUCGAGGCCCUGGAAUAGUUUUAUUGUAAUAAUUAGAUGUUUUUAUAAAACACUGUUGUGUAUGAGUGGCAGGUUUGUUUGCAGCUUUUUAGAACUUACCCCAAAGAGUUUUGUCACAAACAAAAUUUAAAAUUUCUAGAUGUCUGGUUGUGAUUAACAUAUAUAAAUAUAUUCAUAUUUUUGUUGAUCAUGUCUUUGUACUUGAUUGAUUUGCGUGUGCUAAAGUUACUGUGUGACAUAUAUGCGUAAUUUAAUUAUUUAGUGAAAGAUUAAUAUUGUGGAUGAAUCAGAGAGCAUGUUUCAUAGCUAUUGCCAAGACUUGAGCAAGCUCAAAAGCAGUUGGUUGCAAACAACUUUUCGAAUGUGAGGAGCAAUUUUUAUGAGAAGUCGUACAAAUGAAACAGUAGACCUUCUAGGCGUCUUGAUUUUGAGCGGUUCAAAUGUAACCAGACUGAGGCCAGUAGGGAAAGGAGUCUGUGCACAAGUGAAAAUCUGAAUACGGGGAACAAGAUCAAUCUGGCGUCAGGGUGAUGUAGUUUGGUCUGUGUAAACUUAACAAAGCUUCUGUAUUUGCUGUGAUGGUGUUAAUUUGAUUGACCUUUCUUUGCGAUGUCAUAGCCUAGAGUCUUGCCAACAGUAGGGGCAACCUUCGCUGCACAAAACUCAACAUUUUAUGACAAUACAAUAUGAUAAAAUAAUGCAAUCAAGAAGCGACA